CAUUAAAUGUUUGACCACAGGCUGAACGGGCCAUGUAGCCGGUAGUUCUGUGAAUAAUACGUUAAGUGAACUGUGGAUGGGAUGGAUGCAGGUUUUCUAAGUCACUUCCCGUCAGUGACGUUUCCAUGGCCGUGUUUUUGUUGAGCAGGGCUGAGCUGAGGGGGUUUGGUUUGGUUUGGUUCGACUGACAGGCUGAAACUUGUAAGCAGACAGACCUCGAAGUUACUUGCUGUUGUGAGGCGCCACCCGGCCGGGUGCAAUGUCCUUUUGCUCCACAUGAGCUCGACUAUGUGGUACAUCAUGCAGAGUAUUCAGAGUAAAUACUCACUUUCGGAAAGGCUCAUCCGAACCAUUGCGGCCAUCCGCUCAUUUCCACACGACAAUGUGGAGGACCUUAUACGCAGGGGUGCGGACGUGAACAGAAUGCAUGGCACCCUGAAGCCCUUGCACUGUGCCUGCAUGGUGGCUGAUGCAGACUGUGUGGAGCUUUUGUUGGAGAAAGGUGCAGAGGUCAAUGCCUUGGACGGCUAUAACCGCACAGCUUUGCAUUACGCUGCAGAGAAGGAUGAGGGUUGCGUGGAGCUUCUGUUGGAAUAUGGAGCUCAUCCCAAUGCACUGGAUGGCAACAAGGACACCCCAUUGCACUGGGCUGCCUUCAAAGACAACCCUGAAUGUGUGCGUGCCCUGCUGGAGAGUGGUGCCUGCCCCAAUGCCCGUGACUACAACAAUGACACCCCGCUUAGCUGGGCAGCCAUGAAGGGCAACCUGGAGAGCGUGCGUGUGUUACUGGAGUACGGAGCCCAGGUUCACGUCACCAACCUCAAGGGCCAGACGCCCAUCUCUCGACUGGUGGCUCUACUGGCGCGGGGCCUGGGCACAGAGCAGGAGGAAGAGUGCCUGGAGCUUCUGUGCCGAGCCGCGGGGAAGUUUGAUAUCCGUAGGGCCGAUGGCUCCUUGCCCCGUGAGCUCAGCAAAGAUCCUCAGCUGCUGGCGCGUCUAACAAGCAUGGUGGCCCAGCCGCCUUUGUUGCGAGCCUUGGCUCGCUGCGCUGUUCGAAACAGCCUCGGAGUGCAGUAUCUCCCAACUGCUGUGAAACAGCUACCAUUGCCAGAGUCUGUCAAAGAGUAUGUACUCCUCAGAGACUGAGGACUGAGUAGAGGAGAGAACAGACUGCCUGUAAUGCAAGACAAUGAGGAGGUAGUUGUGUUUUUCUUUUAAUGCUAUCAGAACGCCACAGCCUGUUUGUCAAAAUCCUGUAUAAAUGAGAGAGUGAAUUUUGAAUUCUAAUUUUUAUACUGACAUAAGCUCAUUAGGGUUGGGUCCGUAGUGCAAGAUUUAAAUUUAAAGAGAUGUUGUUAUUGGCAGUUACAAGGCAGUUAUAAUCCAUUGAUACUUUCAGAAUAUUACAAAACUAACACUAAAUUCUCUCAAAAAAAUGUUGUAUAUACUUACAAUAUAAGAAUUUCUUAAUUUGUUGUGAAGUUUACCUUAUCAGCUGUUCCUGGAACUGUUCAUAAACAUCUUUGUUCCGCUCAGUACAGAGGUUUGAUUAUUUGAGACUUUUAGUUGACCGUUCCUUUGGCCAUUGUCUCUGCAAGACUUUUAAAAGAAAAAUAAUGCUUGAAUAAUUAUUUGUGUUCAUAUUAGACCAUUUUAGCAGUAGAGAUUGUAUUGUACAUCUUUUAUUUGGUGCUGGGGGUACAGGUUCAUGUGAUGUUUCGAGUCUGAAAAGGAAAAGGUUUUGAUGGGCAUUUUCAGUUUUAUUUUUUUGAGAGGUUGCAAAUCCUUCAGGUUUUUGGAACCGAUGAUGUUAAUGAUUAAUCUGAUUUAACACAGCAUGAUCAUUCCAAGUUUUGACUGUCCUUGACUAGGAUAUCUUAAAACAAGGAAUUUAAUGAGCUUGUACCCAGCUUAACUUCUGAGUCUUGAGUGAAACCUAAGUGGCUUUUUUUCUUCCUCUUAUCACUGUAGUCUAUGUUUGUACAGUGAUACAGCCUGUUUAGAAAUGAGUAAAUGUGAUGCUUAAAGCUGGAGAGUAAGAGUUUUCUGUGCAGCCACUGUGCACCCCCCCACCCUCAAAUUUCAACAAGUAAAGGCCUUUCUGCAUCACACAAGGUUUUUUUCCCCUUUUUGUGUGGAGGUUGAGUUCAUAGCUGGUGGCAAACAGUAGGUAAACUGCAGAUGUAAAGAGGAAUUCCACCAGUUUUUUAUGCUUUCAUACUUCAGUCAUUUUUUGUGUAAACAACAUCAUUUACAGUGGUUUGAAAUGCACCAUUCUAGAGAAAUGUAUUGGCGUAGAUUUCUUUGCAAUGCCGCUGAUGGAUUGACACAUCAGAAUCACAAAUAUAGCCAUUUUAUUGCUAUCCAAAACAAUUGGUGAACCUGCAUAUGAGUUUUUACAUGUUUUGCAUCUAAGAAAAUUGGUUUUGUUUGGCUACUUUUUGGGUACUUACGAUGUCCCUCUCUGCCAUCUCUUUCUACCUCUCUGCCAUGAAUGGAUUCAAAAUUAGGUGAAAACCUUAUCACAAAACAAUGUCUCAGGCAUCUAGCAGCAUAUUUAUAACAGUUUCAUCUAGGAACUUUCUGUGACAAAACUAGACCCAUUGAGCAUUUUGGAUGUCUGGUUCUAGUCACCACCACUGUGAAAAGUGCUGACUUGGUGAGGUUUUUUACAACAGUGCAUUUCACCUCAUACCACUCUGAAUGGCUUUGUUUACAUCUUAAUAAUUUAAUUAUGCAGAAAUGUUGAAAAAUCGGACUAAUUAACCUUUAGUGUUUGGUUUAUGUUCAGCUGUGCACCAGUAGGGGGCUCUAGACCAUAAGAUAUCUUUCUCACCAAGAGGCCUGCGGGAUUCCAGCAUGCGAUGACUUAUUUAUCAAGCAUACAUAGUGCUUCUGUAGGGUUUUUAUUUUUAGGGCUUUAAUUAGACCCCCAAAUGGUGGAAACAAGAUCAGUAGAUGAUUUAGCAUCAGUUUUAAAAUGAAAGCAGAAUUUUUUUAGGUAGCCUGAUAACUUAAGCCAAAAGUCAAGAAGGUACAAUUGCCUUGCAAGUAGAGAAUGUAGCUGAUUUGUAGAUGCUUUUGUGUGUAUUUUAUUUUUCCAAAUGUGUUUCAAUUGUUUUUCCCACAUUUAAACCACACAUCUGGAUGUAUAUAGAAGGAUGUGCUAUCAUAGAUUUGAAAGACACGUUCAGUAGGGCUAGAGGUUUUUUUUAUCAUUCUAUUUUAGCCACUUGACUAAGUACAGGACGUCCUUUUUAAAGAGAACGAAAAAUUGCUCAGGAAGGAAACAACACUAGGACGAAAUAAAGGGCCCUCUCUCAAUUAA